UAUGGCACAACCAUCGCGCGGUUUGUGUCUGCCUAUCUCAUCUCAUCGACUUUGAUUUCGCCGCCGCAUUUUUUUUCUCUCCUUCUUUCACCACUUUCCUUGAGAAGUAUUUUCUCUUCUCAGAAAACCACUUUUCCCCAGACAAGCUCCUUUUUUCUGGAUCCAGUUAAUCCCUGAGGAUUACUGACUGAUCCAUUCUUUUAAACCAGCCCUCUUACCAACCAAACCCACAGACUCCCGUGGGCAACAGUCACAUGCGAACCGAAGCCGCCGCUCCAGCAACCUCUUCUCAGCUUCCUCCGCAGUCGCCGCGCCGGACGCCCCAGCCGCUUUCCUACAACGGAAACUACUCCAGCGGCUUCACCGCCUUUACGCCAGGAACUCAACAGCGAGGUGCUCUGUCCAACAGGGGAGGCCACAACCCGUCUUACCAGCAGCCCUUCUCGCCGCAUUCGAGCACCAAGCACAAUGGUCGUAACCAGCGAAAUUUCGGGCCUACGUCCCCUGUUAUCACUUCCCAGAUAGCCUCUGGACAAGUUGGAUCGUCUCCUAUCCAGCAACAAAUUCCUUAUUACAAUGGCGGCGCGGGAUUCUAUGCGCCUCCGUACAUUCCUGCCCAGACAUAUAUUCCUGAUAUGUACAAUGGCUCAUAUCCCCAGUCUUACCAGGCAUACGGACAUGCACCCGUCAUGAACGGAGCCAGAUAUCCCCAGCCAGGCUACAGUGCUCCUGGUACGCCACAGUCGCAAGCCUUCUACCCUGCAGUUGAGCGCAGCGCAUCCGCGGCCGAUGGUUCUCCACACGUGCCCGUCGCCGUGCUAUCGACCCCUGUGCCUUCAGGUGGUCUGUCGGCCGCUCCUGUCACUCCUUCGUCCACCAAGAGCCGUGCUAUCAAGAUCAUCAAUCCUGAGACGCAGACUGAAGUCAAGAUCGAACGGGAGGUUAAGACCCCCUCCGCUACCCAUGUCGCUCCUGUUGUCGUUGCCGAACGCGUCAAGCCCGCUCUUUCUGCCAGCCCUGGACCCAGCCUCGGACACAAUCGGACUGGCUCCAACACGCCCAUCGAGAUCUCUGAAGUUGAGAAGCGUGAGCGCAUCGAGAAGGCAAAGGCUGAAGUCCGAAAGAAACUCAUUGACGAUCAGGAGGCUGAGCGCAAGAAGGCUGAAGAAGCCGAGCUCAAGAAGAAAGAGGAGGAGGAGAAGGCCAAGCUUGAGGCUGAACGUAUCCAAAAGGAGAAGGAGGCCGAAGAGGCCCGGCUCAAGGAGGAGGAGGAGCGCAAGCAGAAGGAAGCUGCGGCUAAGGCUGAAGAAGAAGCUAAGGCUGCUGCUGAGGCUAAGGCUGCUGCUGAAGCUGCUGAGAAGGCUGCCGCGGCCGAAGAGACAAAGGCUGCUGAAGCCGAAGCCGCCUCCAAGAAUGACGAGACUCCUGUGAGCACCGGAACUCCAGUCACUCCGGAAGAUGGCACCUCUCCCACAAUCCCUGCUGCCCUCCCCAAGUCUGAUGACAAGAAGGCCGCUCCUUUGACGGUUGAUGUUAAGAAUACUGUCAACGAUGCGUUUGCCAUCUCAUUGAAGAACGCGAAGCCGAUCCAGGAUCCCAAAGAGAUUGCCUAUCCAGGGAACGUUCAUGGUCCUUCUGCGCCCGGAAAGUUCAGAUACGAUUACGACUUCUUGCUCCAGUUUGCAAACGUCGCCACCGGGCGGCCAACCGAGAACUGGGAUGUUCUUAUCAAGACCAUCCAGGACAACGAAGACGGUAAGCGACCAUCUGCCAACCGCAGCGCGAGUGGAAGCGGCCGUGGUGGCUCUGCUCGCACGCCUAGCAUGUCUUCGAUGCCAUUUGGAGGUAUGGGCCAGAUGGGCCAGCUUGGUAGCAUGGGUCAGCUUGGAUCAAAGAUGUCUUCCGAGCAACGGUUCGCGAUCAGCAAUGCCAGAGACUCAAACCCCAUGUCCGGUAUGAACCGCACGCCAUCGUUUGGUAAGAUGAACUCUGCGCAGUUCACAAACAUGAUCUCGAGCAUGAGCAACAACAAUCGGAACGGCCGACAAGGUGGUAACUCUGGUGGAUCGAUGCGUGGCAAGCGCAUGGAUAGAACAAACUCCAACCGGGAUCUCCACUCGAUGGACGGCCCCGGCUCUGGUGCUUCGACUCCUGCUGAGGAGAAGCCCGAGCCGCUUGUUUUGUCCGCGAACAGAUGGCAGCCGCGCCGGAAGGAGAAGGUUGAAGAAGAGAAGGCUCCUGAUGGAUCCGUCAUUUACCCGCCUGAUGUUGUUCAACGUAAGGUCAACUCCAUGCUCAACAAGAUGACUCUUGAGAAGUUCGACAAGAUCUCGGACCAGAUUCUUGAGAUUGUGUCGCAGUCCAAGUGGGAGCACGACGGACGUACUCUACGACAGGUCAUCACUCUCACGUUCGAGAAGGCGACUGAUGAGGCUCACUGGUCGAACAUGUAUGCGCGAUUCUGCAAGAAGGUCCAGCUUUCGCUUGGCAACGACAUCACAGAAGAUGGCGUCGUCGACAAGGAUGGCGAGCCUGUUCGGGGCGGUCUUCUCUUCCGCAAGUACCUGUUGUCCAAGUGUCAAGAGCAGUUCGAGAAGGGCUGGAAGGUCGAGGCUGACGGGAAGAAGACUGACGAGAAGACCGAUGUUCUUACCGAUGAGUACUACGAGCUUGUCGUUAUCAAGCGUCGUGGUCUUGGUCUUGUCCGCUUCGUUGGUGAGCUUUACAUGCUGGACAUGAUUUCCGAGAAGAUUAUGCACAAGUGUAUCCAGAGUCUGCUAGUCAGCGAGCCCAGCGAGGAAGAAGUCGAGUCGCUGUGUGGUCUUAUGAGAACUGUCGGUGCCAAGAUCGACGGCAACAGAGGCCACAAGGAGCACACUGAUACCUACUUUGCUCGCAUGAAGCUGAUCAUGGAGCAGCCUGGUCUGUCCAGCCGGAUAAAGUUUAUGAUCAUGGAUAUCUUUGAUCUCCGCAAGCGGAACUGGAAGCCCAAGAACGCAGAGGCCGGACCCAAGACAAUCCAGGAGAUCCACGAGGAAGCCCAGAAGGAGAUUGCGUUGAAAGAACUUGCAAAGUCGAGACAGCCUAGCAUGCGAUUCAGGUAGACAAGCGGCGGCCUUUGAUAUCCCCUUUCCCAGAGUUUGUGUUGUGCGUGUGUGAAGGAAAUAUUGUUGUGUUUUAUUUUGUCGAGUGUUAGUUUUGGCUGAGAUUUCCUUGUUUGCGAGCGUGCUAUUUGCCUUCAUGCUUUCAUUUGCAUAAAAAUUUGUGGUUUUUUUUAUUUCCUCUUUAAGUUCCUUUGCUAGGUUUACUUUGAGUUCGCAGUGAGGAUGACGAAAAGUAAUUUAUUCUAAAAUAUGAAGUCUUUACAAUCUA